AUGGCAAAGAAAGGCCAAUAUGUGAAAAGUCAAGGUUUGGUUGACAUGAACAAACCUCCUGAAAUGAUAUCUGGCAAUAUGAAGCCAUGGUCAGCAAACUCGUUUGAAAGAAAAGACCUGGAAAGGGAACUCUUGGCCAAGCUUUUGGUGUACUUGUGCACAGCUCAAGAGCACUUGCUGAGCCAGAGGCAGCUACUCCAGGGGUUCCAACAUGUUCUAUCUACCUUGGAGGAUGUCGUGACCGAUGCGCCGAAAGCGACCAAGUUCCUGGGCCAAAUAUUUGCUAGAGUCGUACUGGAAGACGGGAUCUCGCUGACGGAGGGAGGAGGGCUCCUGCAGGAGUGGGAUGGCAGGGAAGAGCCAGCAGGACAGCAUGCCCUGGAGGACAGCCUCGCAUCCGAGGAUCUGGGGAGCAUGCUGGAGUCCAUCAGAGUGGAGAGGGCCAAAUAUUCACUGAUGUGCUUUCAGUUCCCUGUUGGACGUAUCCACCGUCAGUUGAAGCAGAUGACUCAGGCAAAUGGUCGUGUUGGUGCCACCGCAUCCGUCUACUUAGCUGCCAUCCUGGAGUACUUGACUGCCGAGGUUCUGGAGCUGGCUGGGAAUGCUAGCAAGGAUCUGAAGGUGAAGCGUAUCACCCCUCGCCAUUUGCAUCUAGCCAUUUGUGGAGACGAGGAGCUGGACACCCUCAUCAAGGGCACCAUCGCAGGCGGAGGUGUCAUACCGCACAUUCACAAGUCCCUGAUCAACAAGUCAUCCAAGGAGUGAAGACUAGGGGAUGUGCAUCUUUAGUUUAAACUGGACUUCUGUGCGCUCCUGGGCGAGUCCUUGUUGUCCUAUAGGUUUUAGUUGAGCUGUCAGGUUGGAGCACCUCUGUGUAACGCUUGCCUGGUACUGCUUCAUCAGUUAUUUGGUUAUUGUGUUUGUGUUGAGUUGUUAACUUCAGGGGUGCAAACCUGGAUGCUUAUUUAGUUAUGUGACUACUGCUAUUC